UCCCAGAGAACUGAGAAGUCAACACAGAAUAAUAUUAUUGUAAAAAAUAUGUAAAACUGUAACAAUAUUAUAUCAUAUACGGCAGUGAUGUAAAUGUUCUGUAUGAAUAUCUUGCACGAUUUUCUUUUAAUUAAGUACCUAUUAGUAUUAUUUAAUUAUAAUUAAUCUAGCAAAAAUAUGAUGAUAUUAUAGCUAUUUGUAUAAUAGAUAUUCUACAAUAUUAUACAAUAGAUAAUAUCCAUUCUCUCUUAUCAUGUUCAACAAGUUGUUUUGUUUUUAAACAAUGGAACAGAUCAGAUAUAGGGUAGAAGCUUAUAUUGUGCCUGUGAGCAACAAUUACCAUACCACUUCUGUCACAAGUGAAACAGAGGAUGCAAAAACAAACUUGAAUAUAAUUAAUAAUUCAUCUAUUAAUAUUAAUGAAACUGAAUCGAAGUGUACCGAAAAUUAUAAAAAUGAUUUGCUUUCCAUGGAAGAAGAGAGCAUGCAAAAUGUGAAAAAUUGUCUACCACUUGAGAAGUUUGUUACAACAAACUAUAUAGAUGUGAAUAAAACUAAUAAAAGCAAUUCUGAUACAUUUUGUUCUCUUAAGAGUUUCAAGUACAAGAAAUUAUACGAUGUACAGGAUGCAUGUUUUCCUUCAUCUGUGAUCAACAAUGUUCACGCCAAUCAAUUAACAAAGUUGACACCAAUUGAUGAGAAAACCGAAGAGUUUGAAGAAAAAGUUACGGAUCUCUGUUACCAUGGCUGUAAGAAUGGAUGUUCGGCAUCUGUGCCAACACCACAAGAAGUUAGCGAAGAAGUAUUUAAAGGAAACUGGUUAGAAAAGUUGAAAGAUAUAAACGAAAGGGAAGCUUCAUUGAGAAAUAAGGAAGUGAUGUUACAAAAUCGAGAGAGAGCAUUGUUAAGAAAGGAAAGGGAAAUAAAAAUCUUGGAGCAUCGAUUAAAAGUUAAUGUUGAACCAACAACAAAGCCUGCAGAAUUCCAAACAAAUGGUAAUCCCAUAGAGAAAUCUGAUAAUAUAGAUAUCAACAAAUUUAGUUCAUACACAAAAAAUGUUUGUAUGCAAAAUACAUAUACUACUCAAAUUGAACAAUUAUAUAAGGACAUAAAUAACAUAGAGAUAACAAAUAUAGAUCUGCAACAAGAAAAAUCAAGUAUUGGGAGUUCUUGUUCAUCUGAUAACAGUACAUCAGAAGGAAAACAACUAAAGCAAGAAUCGAAUUUAAAAUGUUCUAUAAUUUCAAAACCAACUUGUUGCAAAGUUGUUUCUAACAACAGUAACACAGCAACGAAAUUUUGUAAAUCAUAUUACGAUGAUUUGGAUAGCACGUUGUCCGCUGAUAUAGGAGAUUCGUCUUUCGUUCAAACCUCGCAAAAAUUUAAUCCUAACGUAUAUAAACGACCGUAUGCGUUCAGAAGAUCGGCGAGUGAACGUCGCGGAAAGUAUGCAAGCAAAGGAAGCAGUAUUAAUCUCGAGGUUCAAAAUGUUGAUGCUCCUAAAGAAAAAAUUGAAAUGCCUAUCGGAAUUGAACAGGAUAAAGUAUUAGAAAGAGUUGCUAAAAAUAUUGUUGCUUCACAAGAUAAAGGUACAAAAUUUCAACACUAUGGCCUCAUAGAUCUCAACGUUGAUACUACAAAUAAGGUAUACAAGGUGGAAGAUGAAAAGAAGUAUUCGUAUCUUAAUUUAGAAACAAGCAAUAAGCUAUGUUUGCAUCAGAAAGCAACUAAAGGCUCAAAAGAUAGACCAAUAUCUUGGAACGAGGAAUCGAACCACUGGUUGCAGAAAAAACGAAAAGCUUAUAACAUGACAAUGAAAAAAGUAUCGCCCGAAGAUAUUGAGGAUAAAGAAAACCUUAGGUGUGGCAUCAAACCUAACAAGUCUGAAAAAGUGAUAAAGAAAAUAGAUAUUAGAAAUAAAAUACUCACUAUAUUUCGUUGA